AUGGACGCUAACUAUGUUGAAUAUAAAACAUACCGAAGAAAAGAACGUCAAUUCCAUGGGUAUAAUGCGUAUAAUACGUAUAAUACACCACCACGUUAUGGGUAUAAAUCAAACAAUUAUUACAGAUCACCGAAGAAACAACGAUUGAACGAUUCAAAUGUUGGUAUAACUCAGAUCGAUUCCAAUAUUGAUAUAACCCAGAUCGAUAUAAAGCAAUACUAUAAGGAAUCAUUUUUUGAGGAUCCUUGGGCCAAUUUAGAAAUGAGAUGUAU